AUGCCUGGUAUUAUUUUGUUUAAACGUGGUUGUCUCAGUGUCUCCGUGAACAAGAUAAAGGACAAAUCGACAUUUUCCUACCUAUGCAUCUGUCACGUCGGCUUCCACGGACAGCACUGCGAACACUUCCAGCCUUGCUCCACAUCCAACUUUUUAUGCCACAAUGGUGGAACUUGCGUUCAUGUUAACCGCAGCAGCAGUAGCAGUGAGAGUAGUAGCAGCACCAACAAUAUUAAUCCUAGUGGUAGAAUUAGUAGUAGUUUGAAAGACGCUGGUAGUGCAAUUGGAGAUUUCCGAAAUAGUAAUGGUGAUGAUGGACAUAUGGACGUCUGCUACUGCAUGGCUGGAUAUGGUGGUUAG